AUGGAUUUCCAAGGCGAUGUGUUCGGUUACUGGGGUCGAAACAUCAUCGAAGAUUAUGAUGAUGCUCUCCUCAAAAACAUUCCCUCACUCACCGCGACUCCUCUCGAGGAGACCUCGCAGUUGCCUGUGCUCCCAAAGCAUGGUUAUGGUCCGCUGGGUACAGUGGGAAUUCUAGGCGCAGGAGUUGGUGGUCUAUACACUGCCCUCAUCCUAGAUUCACUGAACAUCGAGUACGAGAUCCUGGAGGCGUCUGACCGCACUGGCGGACGCCUCUUCACCUACAACUUCCCGAAUGGUGGUAAAUACGACUACUACGAUGUUGGCGCCAUGAGGUUCCCCCUGCCAAAGAAGGACGCUCAAGGCAAUUACAAGACUGGCAUGAUGAGACGCUUGGGCGACUUAAUCAACUACUCAAAGCUCAACAAGGGUUUAUCCAAACCACCUCUAAGCUCCCAACUUAUCGAUUAUCAUCUUACGUCAAAGAGGCAAGGGUAUUUCCUCUACUUCAACGAUCAAUGUUAUCAAGUCUCUCAGACAUCACACCCUCCUGACUUUCAUGCCCGGGAAAUGGGUGUCAAUUCCCAGUACAUCACCGCGGGAGUUGAGAAUAUUGUCGAGGACGUCGUUCGGCCGUUUGCUAAUGAGCUCAUUAAAGACUUGGAGCAGAAUGUCCAUACAGGCUGGCACAACAUGAUGAAGCACGAUGCAUACUUGCUUCGCUCAUUCAUGUCAUUCAAGUAUAUUCCCAGUGCCAGCCUCCGAAUUCCGCGCACGCAUCUUUCCACCAACGUUAUCAAUUGGUGCGAGACAUUCGACGUCGGCACGGGCUCGUAUGACUGCGCUUUAACUGAAAUGGUUCUUGAGGCGCUGGCAUUCGCCAGUGUCAAGUCACAGACCUUUGGAGACGUAGAAUGGAAGUGUUUCGAAGGCGGUUCUCAAGUGCUCACCAAUUACAUGGCGGCAUACCUUACUGCCAAUGGCACCAAGCCUGUCAUCCAGUUCAAUAGGAAGGUCACAAGCAUCUCUCAGAGUGGAGAUAUCGCAAUGGAUGUUUCUGUAAGGAGCGAAUGUAUCCCGCGCACAUAUUCACACGUUAUAUCGACUAUCCCUCUGUCGGGCCUGCGGAUGAUUGAACUCGGAGGUGCUGGUUUAAAUCUGAGGCAGAAAAAUGCAUUGCGUAAACUGCAGUACGGACCUUCAAUCAAGGUUGGCAUGCGCUUUCGAUCAGCGUGGUGGACCGAACUUUUUGAUAUAAUAGGAGGCCAAUCAUCUACAGACCUUCCCAUUCGAACUAUCGUCUAUCCGUCUUACGGGGCUGAAUCUAGCACGCCAUCCAUGGUGUUGAUUGCGAGCUACUGUUGGUCAAAUGAUGCAGAACGCUUGGGAGCGCUCAUCAACACCAGUAAGAUAGAGUAUGAGGAGCAAUUGAAGGAACUCGUGCUGCGCAAUCUCGCGGAAGUACACAAUGUGGAUUAUAGUUUCUUGUUGGAUCAGUACGUAGACAUGCAUGCAUGGGACUGGAGCGACGAUCCGCUCAUGGGCGCCAAUGCGUUCUUUGGGCCCGGAGAUUUUCAGGCUUUAUACACAUCUCUCACUGUACCAAAUGCCAACAAGAGGCUCCAUUUCGCAGGAGAGGCCAUCAGCACCCGUCAUACAGGCAAUGUGACCUGCAGGUGGGUCGUCGGUGCAUUGGACAGCGCAUGGCGCGCAGUGUAUGAAUACCUGCUUGCAUCCGGACAGCAUGAUAAGAUCCAAAGAUUCUUCGAUCUGUGGGGCAAGAAUGAAGAGUGGACUGGCCAAUCCAAACAUGGAAAGCACCAUCCAACUGAUCCGAACACUAUGUUACGAGUUCACAUGGGAUUCACAUGUGCUGGUGAACUCACCAGGGAGGUGAAGUUUUGA